AUGCUAUUAGCUGCGAAUACUAGAAAUUCCAUCAAAACGGAUGAGUUUCUGAUGCCGAAGGAGUUGCCAAAGGGAAAUGUCCUUGCUUUGUUGAACACUUUGUACACUUCGGGCUUUGCUAGUGUUAGUCCGAAUCAACCGAUGCUUACUGGUCGAACAAUGCACACUCUUUAUGCCUUGUCAUUCAUCGUUUACGUAUCGAAUUGUCUCUGUGAUUGGAUUCACGUGUAUUUUACUUUGAAAGGUUAUGUAACCUCAUUUCCCCUUCAUACGAGUUUGGCUACGGCGAUGGUGAUCACAGUGGUGACGGGUAGUAUGAUUACGGGAUUGCUUUUGGUUCUUUGCAUGGAGAACGCUUUCGCUCACCGCCUUGACAUCACUCCAUAUCAGAGUGGAUUCGCUGUGAUUUUGGAAGCAAUUUGGGAGUGGCUUCAAGCUUUCAACAAUUUCCGAGUUGUCUUCCUUGUGAUGAUUUUUCACGAUCUACCAAUGACAAUUUUGAAUUAUUUCUAUAUCACUUCUUGCAGAUGUGCUGGGCCAGGGAUAACUCCUUGGUCUCUCUUAGCUUCUUCAUUGUCCACUUGUACAAGUUUAUUCUGGAGAUUGGUCAUGUUGUAUUUUAGCUAUCGUCGAAUGAUGUGUUCUUCAAAGAAAAAAGCUGAAGUACAUGGAGUUGAGCGAUAUCCAACAACAAGAACUCAUCUCACAACAUUAACCACUACAACUAAUGGUGGUCGAAUGGAUGAAUUUGAUGAGUUUUGGCCUAUCCGCUUUAGUCGAAUGAAAAUUUAUGGAGAGGAUUUGACAAGAGAGCAAUUAGAAAUCAAGAGAAAGGUUGACAAAGAGAACGAGAUGAGAAAUUGUCAAUCAAAGUCAAAUUUGACUCCGAAAAGUCGAUUCGCUAAUGCUAUUGUUUUCAUUAAUCAGAUCUUUCAAAGACUGAAGUCUUUCUCGAAAUUUAUCGCCUGCAUUUGUCUUUCAACGGUGAUUUAUUUGGGUUAUUGUGUGACUUGCUGUAUACCGUGUCUUUAUCAUUACACUUGUCGAAAGGGAAGCUUUUAUCAUAGACACAAGUUCGCUAGAAGUGUUGUGAGAUACAUGUCAUCUUCAUAUCAUUAUUUCCUUUUUUACUUCUCUAUUGCUUUAACCACUGUGCUCCUAUCGAUGAAUGUCACUUUGAUUAGCUCUGUGCAUAUUCUCGGCAACAAUCAAUUGCCACCAGAAAUCAGUCAGCUUUGUAUCUCGAUUGACUUCAGAAACAAGGCAAUUGUAGCCUCGAUUGAGCCGGAGUUUAUCUUUGGCGUCAAAACAAAGAAAGCGAUUUGCAAACCAAUUUGGGAGAAUCGAGCGCUAGGAAUUGGUUUGAGUCGAAAGAAAGCCGGUCCCUGGCAGACUCGUUUAUUCGUCGAAAAGGAGGAGAUGCUGGCAAUCUCCACCGAAAUCUUCUUCAAUCACACGAUUCAACGAGAGCCGGUCAUGGUGCUUUUCUAUGAUUUUGCGAUAUUGAAAGAUAUUGAUAAUGAAAAAUCACAUUGUCUUCGCAAAAAUGACACUGGAUGG